CCCUCGGCGCCGCCCAGAGCCCGCGUGGACGCCAGCCUCAUUUAUUAUUCCCCCGCCCGGAGCUGCGGCUUCCCGGUGUUAAAGAUACCCCGGACUAGAAGCGAGAGCUACCCCUUCUCAGCCGUGACACCCCCCUUUUCCCCAGCGGGACCGGAGGCUGUGCAGAAGGUGUCCUGCAGACCAUGAACUGAGCACUGGUCCCAGACCGUUCAUGAGCACAGUGUGAGGUGUGCCGAGACCUGCCACCCAGCGAUCCCCUCCCCUCCCUAGCACUGAGGAUCCUCAGAGAAGAUGGGGAGGAAAAAGAUUCAGAUCCAGCGAAUCACCGAUGAGCGGAACCGACAGGUGACAUUCACCAAGCGGAAGUUCGGGCUCAUGAAGAAGGCGUAUGAGCUAAGCGUGUUAUGCGACUGCGAGAUCGCGCUCAUCAUCUUCAACCACUCCAACAAGCUGUUCCAGUACGCCAGCACCGACAUGGACAAGGUGCUGCUCAAGUACACAGAGUACAACGAGCCGCACGAGAGCCGCACCAAUGCUGACAUCAUCGAGACCCUGAGGAAGAAGGGCUUCAACGGCUGCGACAGCCCUGAGCCGGACGGGGAGGACUCGCUGGAACAGAGCCCCCUGCUGGAGGACAAGUACCGGCGCGCCAGCGAGGAGCUCGACGGGCUCUUCCGGCGCUAUGGGUCAGCUGUCCCGGCCCCCAACUUUGCCAUGCCUGUGACAGUGCCCGUGUCCAAUCAGAGCUCACUGCAGUUCAGCAAUCCCAGCAGUUCCCUGGUCACCCCUUCCCUGGUGACAUCAUCCCUCACGGACCCACGGCUCCUGUCCCCCCAGCAGCCAGCACUACAGAGGAACAGUGUGUCUCCUGGUCUGCCCCAGCGCCCAGCCAGUGCAGGGGCCAUGCUGGGGGGCGACCUCAACAGUGCUAAUGGAGCCUGCCCCAGCCCUGUUGGGAAUGGCUAUGUCAGUGCUCGGGCUUCCCCUGGCCUCCUCCCCGUGGCCAAUGGCAACAGCUUAAACAAGGUCAUCCCUGCCAAGUCUCCACCCCCACCCACCCACAGCGCCCAGCUUGGAGCCCCCAGCCGCAAGCCCGACCUGAGGGUCAUCACUUCCCAGGGAGGGAAGGGGUUAAUGCACCACUUGACUGAGGACCAUUUAGAUCUGAACAAUGCCCAGCGCCUUGGGGCCUCCCAGUCUACCCACUCGCUCACCACCCCAGUGGUUUCCGUGGCAACACCGAGUUUACUCAGCCAGGGCCUCCCCUUCUCUUCCAUGCCCACCACCUACAACACAGAUUACCAGUUGACCAGUGCGGAGCUGUCCUCCUUACCAGCCUUCAGUUCACCUGGGGGGCUGUCACUAGGCAAUGUCACCGCCUGGCAGCAGCCACCACAGCCCCAGCAGCCGCCCCAGCCGCAGCCUCCGCAGCCUCAGCCCCAGCCGCAGCCCCAGCCGCAGCCGCAGCCACAGCAGCAGCAGCAGCCACAGCAGCAGCAGCCCCAUCUGGUCCCUGUGUCUCUCAGCAACCUGAUCCCUGGCAGCCCCCUGCCCCACGUGGGUGCUGCCCUCACGGUCACCACCCACCCCCACAUCAGCAUCAAGUCGGAACCUGUGUCCCCAAGCCGCGAACGCAGCCCUGCGCCUCCCCCUCCAGCUGUGUUCCCGCCUACCCGCCCUGAGCCUGGUGACAGUCUCAGCAGCCCAGCUGGGGGCUCCUAUGAGACGGGGGACCGGGAUGACGGACGGGGGGACUUCGGGCCUACCCUGGGCCUACUGCGCCCAGCCCCAGAGCCUGAGGCCGAGGGCUCAGCUGUGAAGAGGAUGCGGCUCGACACCUGGACAUUAAAGUGACGAUCCCCACUCCCCUCCUCUCAGCCUCCCUGAUGAAGAGUUGACAAUCUCACCGCCCACCCCCUGUCCUGGGCUCCUCCCGCUUGACCCCCACUUCCUUUCUUGUGCUCCGUGUCCUGUUGACGGUUACAUUUGUGUAUAAUUAUUAUUAUGUUAUUAUUAAUAUUAUUAUUUUUUUUAAUUUGGAUUCUCACUUUGGAGAGGGGGAUGCUCCCAUCCCCUUUCUGCACCCCCUGCCAUUUUCACUGGCCGCGGGAGCUCUUUUUGCGGGAAGGGGAACACUUUGCACGUUGUACACAUAUGCUGCAGGAGGGGGGGGGGCCAGGGGGCCUUUGGGAAAGGACAGGUGCCGAGCCCUGCAUGCGGACCCUCCCACCCCGUCCCCCAGAUAGUGGGAAAUAACCAAAAAAACUACCAAACAACAAAACCCUUACAAUAGACUGAAACCCCAAAGUUGGCUUGACGGUGGGUUUGUGUUUCAGGGGAAAGCGAGGAAGAGGCUCUGUGAAGGGUUUCUGCCUUUGGGCUGUUCCUGCGGCCACAGGCAUACGGGGCAGAAUGCCCAGGCCUGGCCCCACUGCCCCUGCACACACACAGCACUCGCUCACUGGUUCUGUGUGAGCUGCACCUCCGAGGUGCGGGGGAGCUGGCUGAGCUUUUGGGCUGGGAAGGCUGCCUAGGAAUCUGAGGCUGCGGGGAGGCUGUGAGGGAGCGCCCCGUUGAAGCACAUUUGGAGAGAAAGAGCCAUGAGGAGAGAGAAGGCUGAGGAGGGACAGGGCUGGGACAAGGCGUGAGUCAGCAUCCCUUCCCUUUCCCAGCGUUUUCUCUAAGACACAGUGCAAUAGCUCCCCAGCCCUCGGUGGACACCAGCCCAGUAAAGCUGGCCACAACGUGCAGGGAGAACUGGGGAGAGGAACUUGAGUGAGGUGACUCGGUGGGAGCGGGGUCUUGUCACUUCGGGAUGCCUGAGGACGGAACCCUUGCAUCCAGGGGCGAGUGUGAGUGAGGGGACUUGCUCUUCCUUGCACGUACAUAUUCCCAGAGGAGUGGACGUUGGGAUGGGUGAGAGGAUGGGAAAGGGGACUGGAGGUCUGCAGAGGCCUGCCUCCCUUCUUUCCUCCUUGGCCCUUCUCCCCGGCCCUCCUCCCAGCUCCUGCUCCUGCCCCCCCGGAUCGGCUCCAGACCCCACCUCCGUGCUCUUGGCGCCCUCAUUGUCUGGCUACCUCCUGCCCCACCACCCCCAGGCCGUAUCCCACCUUCCCUCUUGGCUACUGUAAUUGUAAAUAGCAACCUUUGGAAAAGUUAGCAGUGUAACAGUCCAGGAAACUGUUUUUUUUUGUUGUUGUUGUUGUAUUGAUAUGAAAUGAGAUUCUAUUUUUGUCAAAGUAUAUUGUAAUAAUAAUGACUCAAACGCCCGUACUGUACAGAUGAGGUUCUUCUGCUGUUGUUCUUGCUCCCCUCCUCCAGCCCCCAGUCUGCCUCUCUCUGCGCCUCCCCAGGUCCUGAGACCUCAGGCUGGAUGACAGGUCAAACUGGAGGGGGCAGGCCCCACGCCCGUGAUCCACACCACCCCUCACCCUAACGUGCGUGGGCAGGCAGACUCCUUCACAUAAGCCCAGCUCCUCUGCCCAAGGGGUGUAGCACUCCCUUGGGGUUUCAUCCUGGUGGGAAAGCAGAGUAGACAAGGCCCAGUUUGUGCCAGGUGACUAUCUUUGCCCACCUGUAGGACCCAGCCACUUGCAGUAUUCCAACACGAGGCAGGGAAGGAACCAGAAGCAGAGGGGGACAUGUGGCUGCACAUGUACCUGAGUGUAUUCCCAAGGGCAUCUAGUGUUUGUAUGUCCAAGUAUUCCUUUGUAUUUAUGUGUGUGUGUGGUUGUGUGGGUCUCCUAGCCUGUCUGGGCAUAUACAGGAAUCUUUGUGCGAAGUAAGCUCUGAGGGCAUCUGUGCGUGCGUGUGUGUGAGCACGUGCCUGGGUAUGUGUUUACAGAGGGACAGGUGGCUGUUGCAGCCACAUAGCCCUGGCUUCCAGCUCCGUGACCCUCCUCCCUGAGCCCCGCUCCCUCUGGCCUGCUCCUUCACCUGUUCUCACCCUCGGCUCUGAUAUUUUUGUCCUCCCGUCAGAAAGGAUCUAGCAGUUGGCCCUCCUGGCCGCCCUGCCUCUCCCAGGCUCCACGCACAGUUGUCUGCCCAGUACCCACACCUUUAUAGCCCCUUCCCUGGAGUACACUCUUUCCUUGCCCCAGUCCUUUCAGGGUGACCCUCAAGCUCCUCUUCCUCCCUGAAGCUUUUUCCUCACCUGAUGGUGAACCAUCGUCCUCACACCUUAACCCCACCUGCUGGCUGGGCACACAGCAUGGCCAGUCUUCCUGCAGGUUCCUAGAGGGAGUUUCAAGAAUAGAUGAGACUUGAUCAGGGCCAUGAAAGAGGAGGAUGUGGUCUCGUGUGGGUGUGCAUUCCCAGAGCCUUGCCCAGUGCCUGGCACUCAGUAAAUGCUGAACGAGUGAACGGUGAAUGAAUGAUCGGUGCUCAAUCAACAUUGAACGACUGGCCAUCCCUUCUCAGGCUGUUCCCGCCAUGAGUCUGUCCACCUUUCUAAGCUGAGGUUGGCCACCAUUAAACAUGGGGUGGGGGUGAGGGCCCCUGCAGUUCACGGUGCAAUAUUUACCAGUUUUGCCCUCUGCUUUGUAAUGGCAAACCUGGCUUUUGAUUACCAUGUGUGGAUGUGUGUGUGUCCUUUCUUCUCUAUCCCUGGGGGCAGGGGGUGAUUUGUGAAUAAAUGUGUGACAUUUCUGCAAUUCAGUAUCCCAAGAGUUCUCUUGGGGGUAGGGGCUCCUGGCCGGCCAGAAGAAGGGUCCCUGGGAACCCAAACCUCAAGUGCAGACUUCAUUUUUCCCUCCUCUCACAAGCCAAAUUUGCCUCCACCCACUCCUUCCUCUGAAUAACUGGGCAUUUGCCAAAGUAAUCACUGGAGUCAUCCAAUGCUCCUCCCCUCCCCAGGUUUCCCACAGCUUUCAGGGACAGUGGGCAAGAGGGCCCCCCACCCACCCCAGUGGAACACCAUUUCCUCUUUCCCCGUAGUGCACUCAAUACAGCGAGACUGACCCCUGACCCUCACCCAGCCCUCCCCACCUUGGACAGGAAGGAAGUAAUGCACCUUCUCUUGCUGAUUAUUUAUUUGUUUGGAGAGACAGAAAUGAUGUAAAAGUGUAUCUAGAAAUAUCUAUAUCUAUAUAUUUUUAACUGACUCUUUGGAAUCCCCUGGGGUGGGGCGGGGCAUGGAUUUGGGCUUUCAUGGAGGGGAGGAGACACGGAGCCUGGGAACUCCUCUGUUCUUCCCUCUGCCACCUCUCUCCACCCUCUAACCAGUUGGUAGAAGGAACGGGAUUUGUAUUGGGGGAGGGGCGCUGGAAUGUUAUAUGGAGAAUCUGGAUUCUCUCUGUCUUCCCCAUUCAAGUCCCAGAGGGAGGAAGGGGACAGGGCACGGAGGUGCCUCACCCCCAAACCCGACAAUCACCCACACUCCUGGGGCUCCUCCUGGGUCCUGGGCAGGGCGAGUCCAAGUGUGUGGCUGUUGAUUUGUUUUCAAUAUUUCUUUUCGUGCUGUAUGGUGAUGCUUUCUUAGUAUUCUACACAAUAAGAAAGACAAAGUCCUCGAGAUUCUUAUGAGUUUUGUUUGAAAACUCUUUCACUAUAUUUGUUGUAAAGAGGUUUACUAUUAAAAGAAAAAGAAUACACGUUUCUGA